CCGCACGCGUGGCUGCUUCUGACUAGUUCUGACUCGGCUUGGCCAAAAGAUAACGAGGGGCAUCCCCGUUCCACGUAUACUGUACAUACGCAUACGUACAGUAUGUACAUAGGCCCAACACAGACAUCACGAAGCUGAGGAGACGCCACCACUGUCCUUCCGCGUCUACGUUUCGCUCUCAAAUUCCGAUCCGCCAUCUUACGUAGCAUACCACGUGGUAUCGGUCAUGUUCGUCCGGAGGAGGCUGCAAUCCCAGCUGGGAAGACGGGGCAACACAGCGUUCGAAACCUGUACAGCGGUUAGAUCGUCGGAGUCUAUUUCCAGGAGGCUGCCAGCGUGCGCUGCGGUACGCGCGACAGCAGCCAGGAACCUCUCGUCAACCCCCGCAAGACGGUCCGUCACAGUUCCACCGGUGCCCGAGCCGGUGUUGCCGCCAACGUCUGCAAGUCCCGUAUGGACAUCCAGUAGUUUGGUGGAGAAGUAUGCCCGGAUGCCCAUCACGCCCGUUACGCUGCAUGAGCUGCUGCAAAUGGGCGAGACGCAUGACCUCUUGAGUAGCGCAAAGUUUGCCCACGCCGAAUUGCCAAAGAGGAUGGCCAGGCGUGUUAAAGCGCUGCAAAACCUUCCAUUUAUCGUCGGCGUCAACCCCUACAUCAAAAGCGUCUAUCAGUUAUACCAGGAUUCGUUGGAGAAGCUGAUAGCCUUACCAGCACCGGUAGACCCAAAAUCCCAGCAAUUUUUCACCGAAGAGUUGCGCACGCUGGUAACAGCGCAUCAGGAAGUCAUUCCGAAGCUUGCAAAGGGUUUCAAGGAGUGCAUUCGAUACAUGACAAAGGAAAGUGCCACGUCCUUCCUGGACAACAUGAUCCAUGCGCGUAUCGGUAUCCGAGUGAUCGCCGAACAUCACCUUUCCCUCGACACCCCCGCCCCCGCAUACAUCGGCGUAGUCAACACCCGCCUAGCACCCGCCUCCCUCAUCACAUCCGUCGCCAACUACUCCCGCGAGCUCUGCGAGUUCAACUAUGGCAACGCGCCAGAGUUCACAGUAAACGGGCACACCGACACGCUCAUGGCGUACAUUGGCGUACAUCUGGAGUAUAUCUUCAUGGAAUUGCUGAAGAAUGCUAUGCGCGCGACCGUGGAGUAUUCGCAGCGGACGGGGCGGUUUGAGCAUCCCACGGUGGAGAUAUCGAUAUGUCAGUCCAAGGAGGCUGUUAUCUUUAGGUUUCGGGAUCAGGGUGGGGGGAUUUCGCCGAAAGACUGGGCACACAUUUGGGACUACAGUUACACCACAGUGCCAAAGUACGACGACGGGGAUGGGAUCUUUAACACGCAGGCACGAAUGAGCAUGCAAACAGGGGUUGGGGGGCCGAUGGCUGGACUUGGGUUCGGCUUACCCAUGUCGCGGAUAUAUGCCAAAUACUUCCAAGGGUCACUCGACAUCAAAUCUGUGGAUGGGCAUGGAUGUGACGUGUUCCUGAUGGUGCCGAAUAUUAUUGGCGCCAGGCACGUUAUCGAGGACUGAGAGGGAGCAGGGGUCGCCGGCAAUCUUAUAACCAUGAAAAAGUCCAAUUUGGACUUAACUGAUGAAAAGCAACGACUCGGA